GCCCGCCCAUUGCGGAACCUUUUGUUCUAGCUCGCGUUUCCACCGAAACGACAAGGGCGGCCAAGGCGGAAGUAGUUGAGGCGUGUGGGCGGAGCUAAGCGCCGCUAUGUCGGUUUCCUUGCUGCGGCGAGGUUUGGAGCUUUUGGGGGUGCCUGAGGCCCCCAGGGACGCGCCAGGCCAAACCAAGACGAGCGAGGCUCCGAUGAAGCGGACGCGGAAGGCAAAGGCGGCCCAGGCCCAGAAACUGCGGAACUCGGCCAAGGGAAAGGUGCCCAAAUCGGCGCUGGCUGAGUUCCAGAAGCGAGAGCGUCGAGGUUACCUUGGAGUAAACCUGAGGUUUAUGACUAGUGCAAGAAGCACAGUGGCCGAAUCCGUCACCCAGCAGAUUGUGUGCCAGGACCGGGGCCGCAAGGCCUGUGACCGGCCUGUGGGCAAGACUAAGAAGAAGAAGAAGGCCGAGGGCACCGUGUUCACCGAGGAAGACUUCCAGAAGUUCCAGCAGGAGUACUUCGGCAGUUAGGCUCCCGGGAGGGCACAGCCGCCUCGGACCUCUCAGCCUGGCUCAGGAAAGCCGUGGAGUGGAGGCUGGCACGGAGCUGGCGAGCUGGAAGCCCAGGGGAGGACCUUCGCUCAGACCCGAACUGACAUCUGCAGGCUCGGGAGGUACCACCUGCCUGCUGGAAAGGAACACAUUGGACUGUUUUGUCUGCUUUGGCCCAGGGAGGGCCUCGGGGCUGUUUGCUGUGGAGAGGCCUGUCACUGGGCCCUUGGGGACCACACCUCUGAUAGGAUGAGGGCCGCUGGGUGGGCUUCCAGGUUCUAAUAAACGUGGCCCAGGGGCUGUGUGUGCUGCUCUAA